AUGGCGCAGAGUGAAAUUGCCGUAGGCCAAGAUUUGGGGUCUAAUGAUAACAGUAUGUCAACAAAAGAAUUCCUGCAGUUUGAAAAGACUUGCGAAGGCUACAAAGACAGUGAUGAAGAAAUUAAAAUGAUAUUUAGUGAAAUUAAUAAAUUGGUCGCAAGUAAUAAGACUGAAAAAGUUUUGAAUGACGACGUCGAUGAUGUGGAAUUAAUUUUAAAAAGGGCGGAAGAUAUUUCAUUGGAGACUGAAAAUUUAUUAAAAAAGAGUCCUAUAUCAGCAUUGUUUAAUGCCAGUAGUGAAAUUAAAAUUAAAAAUGGUGCUAUUCCUCAAAUUAAAGUUACAAAACCACGUGAGGAGGAAAAGGAAGUAGGCGAAUGUAAAGAAUCUUCAUAUAAUAAGGUAUUUCUGAUAUUGUUUUCUUUUCUUUUAACAAGUUCUUGA